UGAAACAAAAUUCCACCUAAACUUGUAUUUUCUUUGCGACUCUAGCAAAGUACACGUGUGACCACAGCCUAAUAGGCCUACAUGUGCUUUUCAAUAAAAGCGAAGAAAGUUAUAUUCGCUCUCCAUCCCAUAACUCUAGUAGGCCCACCACCAGUGCCUUCACCAACAUCACACGGAGUUGGUAGUUUAGAACUAGUUGUUUAUUUAGCUAACCUGUCAAACGUGCCUGGGCAUUUGUUUUUGGCGUUGCUCAUCGUCCUAGCCUCUUUGCCGUUGACCUCCUCCAUCUCACGUCUGUCUCCUCCUGCUCUUGGAUGCUGUCCAGCGCCGUCCGCACCGUUCGUCCCAUCCUCGGCCCCCUCACCUCCUCCUCCUCCCGGACACUAGCACACCACCGCCACCUCCCGCAGAUGGACCAGGCCCGGCCCGUGGAGACCUCCAUCCGGACCAAGCUGACGGAGGCCCUGGGCCCGACCCACCUGGAGGUGCUGAACGAGAGCCACAUGCAUGCAGUGCCGCCGGGCUCCGAGUCGCACUUCCGUGUGCUGGUGGUGAGCGAGCGCUUCGAGGGCCUGUCGCUGCUGCAGCGCCACCGCCUGGUCAACGAGGCGGUGCGCGACGAGCUGAGCAGCCGGGUGCACGCGCUGGCCAUCCAGGCCAAGACGCCGCAGCAGUGGGACAGCAACCCCAGCCUGGCCAAGAGCCCCGGAUGCAUGGGAGGCUCCAAGCACGACCAGACCGUGGCCGACAAGCUGAAGGCCGGCAGAGACUGACCUUCUACUUACUGUGUCAUCACAUACUACAGAGGUGUUGAUUAAUAUAUAAGUGAAAAAUAUCCUUUCCACCAAUGUCAUCCAACUCACUUUGAAUCAGCUGAUUGAUAUGAGAUUAGUUGGUCAGAUAAUCAGUGAAGCCAGCUGUGUGAGAAUGAAAACAUGGCAAGAUAGCAAUCCAUGAUCGAUGUCCUGAAAGCUUUUCAGUUGACGUGUUCAUUCUUCUGGAACUUGGUUGUGUUAUGACCACUUUUGGUUAAGCAUCACAAGACUGGUUGUGAAAGCUUUGAUCUAGGCUUGUAAACAGUGUGACAGUAGACCUAGAUAUUUUUGCUGUUGCAACUCAAUUUUAAUAAAUCCAUCAAUAUUGUUUGAAGGUUUUUAAGAUCCAUCUCUCUAGCAAAGCCGUUGCAGCAUUGUUACUAUUGAGGAUGUCAUGGUCUCUGCGGUACAUGAGGGCUGGUGUCUUUCAGCAGGUCAGCAUAACCAGAAUCAGUUAGUCUCACUGUUAUAUUGACAGUAGGUUCUAAGUCUUCAAGUCCCUGUGAUUUCUGCAGUGGAUGAACGUAUGGACCAGCUGCCGAAUGAUCUUUUUGGCCUCCAUCUCCUUGUACUGGCCUCCACACAGCUCCACAAACUCAAACAGAUCAGCACAGGGACUGGGACGCUCCAAGACCAGGGCGUAGGCUACAGCUUCCCACAGUCAUAUGUUUGGACUUGUGGACACAAAAACCUGGCCCAACCUUGAAUAAUGUGACUUUGUUUUUCUGUCAACUCACCAGUAAAGGUGGUGUAGAAGUCUCUCAGCAGGUUAGCACAGCCAAAAUCAAUCAUUUUUACUGUCCAUCAAUAUUAAUCAGGACAUUCCCAGUCUUAACGUCCUUGUGUAAGACCCUGUGGUCCCUGUGAAAUCAAACGCUCCAAGACCAAGACCUACAGCUUCCCACAGCCAUGCCAGUCGAGCAGUUGGACGAUGUCUGGGCACUACUCAGGUUGAGACACACACACCACCACCAUCACACACAGUUAGUAGACCUGCCUGAAUAAGUUGUGCUCUCUCAAGACACCUUCUGACUUUCAUUGGGAAUACUCUAAUAAUUGAAUGAUUUUAGUGUAAGACUGUACAUAACAGCAACAUUAUCUGAGUAAUGAAUUUAAAGUGUUCUGCUCUUCAAAAUAAACGACUAAGCUGCCUGUU